AUGUCUCAAUCCGAAAUGUCAAGUUUGUUUAAUACUGAUGGUUCUUUUAGACCAAGUAUUAAAUAUAUGAAUAAUAAUAAUACUACCACUACUACUACUAUGAAUUCUGUCUUAAGUAAUUAUAAUCAUAUUAAAUCUGAAGCUAUGAUUCCAAUACCUGAUCUAGAACCACCUACUGUCAAGUCCGAAAGUUUCGGAAAUGAUAUCCCAUUAUUGUCUCCAGACACGGUUUUAGAUCUUCCAGAGUUAGAUUCUGGAGUAGUUGAUGCUUUCUUCACAUCAAGCGCUGAUUCUACUCCAAUGUUCGAGUACGAUGACACCCCACUGCAACAACAACAGGAAAACAAUAGUAAUGGACUACCCAAUCCAGUAACUGAAUGGACUUCAUUGUUUGAUGAUGACAUCCCUGUUGUCAUCGACGAAGAUGUCGCAUUAAACGAUAAAGCUAUUCAAUCCACUGAAGUUGAGUCCUGUGAUUCUUUCCCUCCUGUUACAAGCAAGAUUGCAUCAUUUUUACCUACCCCUGUCCUUGAAGAUGUUAAAAUAGCCCCAACUACCGAUGUGGUUGCUUCUACUUCCCAUAAUAAGAAGAACCCAUCAUCUGGUAAAGUAUCUAAAUCCAAAAAGACGAAGAAAACCACCACAUAUACAAACUCAGAUGGGGUCAAGGUGGACCACCUAGGUGUCGUGGUAUAUAACAGAAAGGUUCGUUCUACCCCAUUGACGCCCGUGAUUCCAACCUCAGAUGAUCCUGUUGCAUUGAAACGUGCAAGAAACACUGAAGCGGCUAGACGUUCUCGUGCUAGAAAAUUACAAAGAAUGAAUCAAUUGGAAGCUAAAGUUGAAGAAUUGUUGGCCAAGAAUGCAUCUUUGGAAAUGGAAGUGGAGAGGUUGAAGAAAUUAUUAGCCGAAAAAAGUUGA